GAGGGAGAGAGAGAGGGAGAGAGAGAGAGCACUGUGUGGAGGCUCUGCUUGUGCAGACGGGCUCAUUUGUGGGGAGCAGCCGCAGCCUGUGCAGAUACAGAAAUACUUAUGCACUGACAUCAGCCAAGAUAAGGCACAGCCGCUCUUGAUUUCAGGACAUCUCCCCUGCCGGCAAGGUGAUACUCGGCGACGCUGCCUUCAUCCGCCUUCCGAUUAUUUUUACGCGCAGAAAAGAGAGAGAAAGAAAGAAGAAAAAAAAGAAAGACAACAAGAAAGAAAGAAAAAGCGACUCUAUGGCUUCUGCUCUCGGCUUUCUUCGGGGACUGUUCAGGAGCGGGGCUGAAGUUUGAGCGACUCCAGGCUGACAGAGUCAUUUACGCCGUGCGCCGAGGCCCUCCGUGUUUAUUGUCGCUCCUCUCGGUGUUACCUCGCACGCACGAGAGGGAGGGAUUGGCGUUUCUCCCGCUGUUGGAUUGUUGUCGUUUUCCAGAAGGAUGGUGCUGGACAAGGAGGAGAGCGUGUCUCUAGUGUCCCUCCAGUCCAGAGAGAAGCCGAGGGGCUGCGCCGGCUGCAACGGGAAGAUCCGGGACCGGUUCAUGCUGCAGGCGUUAGACAGGUACUGGCACGAAGACUGUCUCAAGUGUGCCUGCUGUGACUGCCGCCUGGGCCGGGUGGGCUCCACCCUCUACACCCGGGCCAACCUCAUCCUCUGCCGCAGAGACUACCUGAGACUCUUUGGGGUGACAGGGAACUGUGCAGCCUGCAGUAAGCUGAUCCCUGCCUUUGAGAUGGUGAUGAGAGCCAGAGACAACGUCUACCAUUUAGACUGCUUUGCCUGUCAGCUCUGCCGCCAGAGAUUUUGCGUGGGAGACAAGUUUUUCCUCAAGAACAACAUGAUCCUGUGCCAGCUGGACUAUGAAGGAGGCCAUCUUAAUGGCAGCACUGAGAGGCAGCCUCAAUAAGAGAUCAGAGCCACUUGGACCAAGAAGCUAACAGCAGCACACGCCUCAUCAGCUUCUUGUUUCAGACCGUGUGGGGGGGAAAAAAAGAAAAAGAAAACGAAACUAAAAAAAAAACAACACAACACAGAUUGGACAGAUUUCCAGCAGCCCUUGUUUGAACUCAAUUGCAGGGCUUUGUGGUCGUUUCCCUUAAAACUCACAUUUCUCAUCAGAUGGACUGGAAAUGGAGUAAUGAAACUAUCAGGAGGAUCUUACCCAGAGCACUUAAUGUGGACAGUGAACAGAAAUGCAGUGAACCAGUGUUUGCAAAUAAUGCAGGAGUCUGUUUGACCAAAUGUGAAACACUAGAUGGAUGGAGUGAAGCCAAUUAGGCCACACAUAGCAUCAAGCAAGUCAUCCAUCAAAGAAAAACACAACGUUCCCUGUGAUUGUCGGACCGCUCUGGCAGCCACUGAAGUUUCUUUUGUGGUGAACCCCACCCAGCUUGCUCGAAGGAAGCCCCAAACAAACUGAAGCGUGUUUGUAAAUGUUGUUUGGCUCAGUUCAGCGGCUGAGGAGGAUGAACUGUUCCCCCAUAUUUCCGCCACUCAACUCUGAAGACUUAACGGGGACUCCAGGCCCACACUACUUCUCUUCCUGCUCUGCUCUCAAGCUCUUUUUUUUUCUUGACUAAUUAAAAUGGAGUUUAAUUUCA